CGUAACUUUAGCUUUUCUAAUAGUCUGAGAGAAGUGAAAAAGUUAUCGAAAUAUAGAUGUUUCCCUUGGAGAUUAUAACCAGAGGUAAGAUCGAAAACAACGCGUUCGCCCAAAGAUGUUUCUUUUCUAGAUUUUAUGUUUGAAACUAGUUUAGUACUCGAUAUUCAGGAUCGCAAGUUUUGGUUAAGAUUUAUCGAAAAAAAUUAAACAUUAUUUGGUACAUGUAUGGACAAAAACGACAACGAAGUCAAUAUUUUGAACAAAUCAAACAAGAAUCCGACGAUGAAAAUAUAGUAAUAAGGUAGAGACUAUUUGGAGAACUUUUAAACAAGGGAACAGAAUGAAAUUCAAUCUGCACAUUGGUCCAAAAAAUCUAUUUCAAUAUUUACGGCUCAUUCAUGGUGCGGUAGUACUCAGUAUUCUUUUGCGCUACCAUCUGACGAUGUAACACACAGCAAAUAUUGUGUGGAUGUUUGUGUUAAUUAUUCGGUUAACGAAAUGAAACAAUAUUUACCGAGAUUGAAACAAAUACAAUUUUUUUUCAGAUGGGGCAGCUGCUCAAUUUAAACAAAAAUUUUUAUUUCGCAAUCUUACUCACGUUAGUGAACGUCAUCAGCUCCAUUUGAUGUGGCACUUUUUCGCCACGAAUCAUGGUAAAGGAGUUGUAGAUGGAUUAGGAGGCACGGUAAAAGGAACAGUUUAUGGUGAAAUAAUGGCUGGUAAACAUCAGUGUAAAAAUGGUAAAGAUUUUACAAAAAUAGCUCAAGCGAAAAUGCCAAAUAUUAUAUUAUGUGAAAUAACAACAACUGAAAUUGCUAAAUCCGAAACACCAUUUAAACAACUGUUCAGCAAAACAAAACCUGUCAAUAAGACAUUGCAAAUACAUUGUGUCAAAGCCGUGAAAAAGGAUGUUAUUGAAUAUUGCUAUUAUUCAAACAGUAAAGAAAAAUUUACGAUGACAUUUUAA